UAAAAAAGGAAACGUUUUUAUUUUUGUUUUUUUAGAAACGGUGCGUAUUGAGUAAAACUAGGGCUCUUCUCUUUUCGGUUUCACUCAAGAAUCCAACACGAGCGCCGUCGCUAUUCGUCGUUGUACUCUGCGAAUCGUGAAACGCACUCUGUAAUUACCUCACUGCAAUUUUGAGGUGACUGUUAAAAGACUGUGUCAUUUCCUGAGUUGGCCAUAUAUUUUCAGAUAUGGCGACUUUUGCCAAGCCUGAAAAUGCUUUGAAGCGAGCUGAAGAGUUGAUAAAUGUUGGACAGAAGCAAGAUGCAUUGCAGGCACUUCAUGAUCUUAUCACAUCAAAAAGAUACCGAGCAUGGCAAAAACCGCUCGAGAGGAUCAUGUUUAAAUAUGUGGAGCUUUGUGUGGACCUGAGGAGAGGAAGAUUUGCCAAAGAUGGUCUGAUUCAGUACCGCAUUAUAUGUCAGCAAGUCAAUGUGACUUCGUUGGAGGAAGUGAUCAAGCACUUCAUGCAUCUUUCCACUGAAAAAGCCGAGCUUGCCCGGAAUCAGGCACAAGCUUUGGAAGAAGCUCUUGAUGUUGAUGACCUUGAAGCUGAUAAGAGGCCAGAGGAUCUAAUGCUUAGCUAUGUCAGUGGAGAGAAGGGAAAAGAUAGGUCUGACCGAGAAUUGGUUACCCCUUGGUUCAAGUUUUUGUGGGAGACCUAUAGAACAGUGCUGGAGAUUUUAAGGAAUAACUCAAAGUUGGAGGCACUUUAUGCUAUGACAGCGCAUCGGGCCUUCCAAUUCUGCAAGCAAUACAAAAGAACAACGGAGUUUCGCAGGUUGUGUGAAAUCAUUCGAAACCAUUUAAUCAAUCUCAACAAAUUUAAAGAUCAAAGGGACCGACCUGACCUAUCUGCACCAGAGAGCUUGCAGCUGUAUCUUGAUACAAGAUUUGAACAGCUAAAAGUUGCUACUGACCUUGGACUCUGGCAGGAAGCUUUUCGUUCCGUUGAAGAUAUUUAUGGAUUGAUGUGCAUGGUUAAGAAAACCCCUAAAGCAUCAUUGAUGGUGGUUUAUUAUGCCAAGCUAUCAGAAAUUUUCUGGAUUUCAGGUAGCCAUCUAUAUCAUGCUUAUGCAUGGCUUAAGCUUUUCACUCUUCAGAAAAGCUUCAACAAGAAUUUAAGCCAGAAGGAUCUGCAAUCUAUAGCAUCAUCUGUGGUUCUAGUUGCGCUCUCGGCGGCCCCAUAUGAUCGCACACACAAUGCAUCUCAUUUGGAAGCUGAAAAUGAGAAAGAACGUAACUUGAGGAUGGCUAAUCUUAUAGGAUUUAACCUUGACCCUAAGCUUGAGAGAGGAGAAGUGCUUUCCCGCGCAUCUCUUCUGUCAGAACUGGUCUCAAAAGGUGUAUUGAGCUGUGCAACCCAGGAUGUAAAAGAUCUUUACCAUCUGCUGGAACAUGAAUUUCAACCUCUAGAUCUUGCAUUGAAGAUACAGCCGUUGCUGACCAAAGUAUCAAAAUUAGGGGGUAAGCUGUCUUCUGCUUCUUCUGUUCCAGAAGUGCACCUAUCUCAGUAUGUUCUUGCCCUGGAAAACCUUGCUACUCUGAGGUUGCUUCAGCAGGUCUCCAAGGUCUAUCAGUCAAUGAAAAUUGAGUGUUUAUCUCAGAUGAUCCCCUUUUUUGAUUUUUCUGUUGUGGAAAAGAUAUCAGUGGAUGCUGUUAAGUAUAAUUUUGUAGCCAUGAAAGUCGACCACAAACAGGGUGUGGUUCUGUUUCAUAACUUGGUUAUUGAGUCUGAUGGUCUUCAGGAUCACUUGACAUUGUUUGCUGAAUCAUUGAAUAAUGCAAGGGCUAUGAUAUACCCUCCUGCAAAGAGAGCAUCAAAAUUAGGUGAAGUGCUACCUUCUUUGGCAGAUAUUGUGGACAAAGAACAUAAAAGGCUUCUUGCUAGAAAAUCAAUUAUUGAGAAAAGGAAGGAAGAACAAGAACGUCAUCUUUUGGAAAUGGAACGUGAAGAAGAAUCUCGUAGGCUUAAGCUGCAGAAGAUUACUGAAGAGGCAGAGCAGAAGAGGCUUGCAGCUGAGUAUGAGCAGAGGAAGAAUCAAAGGAUCCUUAAGGAAAUAGAAGAGCGGGAGCUUGAAGAAGCACAGGCUUUGCUUCAGGAAGCACGCAGCAAGAAGAAGGGAAAAAAGCCGAUUCUUGAAGGAGAAAAGGUGACGAAACAAACGUUGAUGGAACUAGCCCUGAGUGAACAACUCAGAGAGAGACAGGAAAUGGAAAAGAAAUUGCAAAAACUUGCUAAAACUAUGGAUUAUUUGGAAAGAGCAAAACGAGAAGAGUCAGCUUCCUUAAUUGAAGCUGCAUUUCAGCAGCGUGUGGUGGAAGAGAGGGUUCUUCAUGAACGUGAACAACAGCUGGAAAUUGAGCAGAGCCAACAGCGGCAUGAAGGGGACCUCAAGGAGAAGAUUAGGUUGUCACGUAUGUUGGACUACAAGAUGAUAUUCCAAGAAAGGGUGACGCAUCAUCGGCAAGCAGAGUUUGAGAAAAGAAGAGAGGAGAGAGAGGAGCAAAUCAAUCAGAUAAUUCAGGCUCGGAAACUAGAAAGGGAAGCUAAAAGGAAGAAAAUAUACUAUGUAAGGUCUGAGGAAGAAAGACUGAGAAAGAUUCAGGAAGAGGAGGAAGCUCGCAAGCGCGAAGAGGCUGAGAGGCGAAAGAAGGAAGAAGCUGAACGCAAGGCAAAACUGGAUGAGAUUGCUGAAAGGCAGAGGCAAAGAGAGCAGGAGCUAGAAGAAAAGGAAAGGCAGAGGCGAGAGGCACUCUUGGGGAGAUCAACUGCUGCUGCUGAGAUUCCUUCUAGCCGUCCAGCUGAGCCUGCUCCAGCUGCAGUAUCUGCUCCUGCAGCAGCAGCGGCAGCAGCGACGUCCACUGGAAAAUAUGUGCCUAGGUUCCGGCGACAGAUUGCUGAAGGCUCUGGGCAAGCUCCUCCUCCAGAACCUGAUCGUUGGGGCAGUAGCAGGCAUGAUGACCGCCCUUCCCAGCCCCCCAAUGAUAAGUGGCGUAGUGAUGACCGUAGACCAACCUUAGGCGGUUCAAGGUCCAGUUGGUCCUCAUCUAGGAACCCACCACGAGGCUCGGAACGCUGAUUGCAUGGAGGAGUUUCGUUGUUUUGCAUUUUUAGGCAGGCCAAUUUUGGUUCAUCAAAGCUAGGAAGUUCUGGUUUACUUGAGAAAAUAAUCGUUCUUAGAUUCAAAAUAUUAAGACCUGGCAGAGCUGUUACUCGUAUUCUUUUUGUUUUUGUUUUUGUUUUUUUUUGGGUUUCUUUUCCAUUCUUAAUUUUUAAUGUGUUUCUUUUAAUUA